AUGAGUACGUCAUCUGAUGACCCUCUUCCCACCGAGAUCAAAGCCUGCAUCCUAGCUGAGCUGCAGGCCGACGGUGCGAUGGGAACUCUCGCAUCCUGCUCCUCGGCAUCGAGGUCUCUUCACCACAUUGCACUUCGUAUCCUAUACCGGGAGGUCUGGCUGCCUAACCCAGACAUUGCCAAGCGGUUCUUUCGUGCCAUGAAACCAAGCAAACUCCGUCUCCUACCUCGCGUUCGCACCCUCCACAUCUUGGACCAUCCCUACCGGUGGAUGGGGGCCUGCAAUAUAUGGAGCAGCAUCAUCGUCGAGCUAUCUCGACAAGGCCUGGAGACUCUGGAUAUCCAGUGCUGGAAUAAGUCAACAGCUCUGUAUCACACGAUAUUCGCAGAUGCUGGUGCAGAUGAGCCUUUGCUGUCCUGCAUAUUGCGCUCAGGUCUGUCUAAGUUGGCAUUCGAGGGACUCUGUUACCUGGACAUGGCGAUCUUUUCCGGACCCACGAAGAUUGAACAUCUUUUGCUCCCAAACUUCUGUACGAAUGACCCAUUCAGCUUGGAUGCUUCGACCAAAGCCAGAAUAUAUUCCAAGGCAGAUAUACUCCAAAUAACUCCUGUGGCGCCACAGAAAUGGAAGUCAUCUGCCCUCUCGCCUCUGCGCACUCUGUCAGUGCCUACGCAGAUCGGACACGCAUUCAGCACCAAAAUUCUCUCUCUCUCUGAUGCCGGAUACCAUGUGUUCCAUCUUGGCCAUCUGGAGCGUCUCUAUCUACAUCUAUCUCCUCACUGUCGCACCGCUGGAGAGGAGGCCGCGAGAUACAUGAGAGGUGCGCCGAUCACCCUGCGAGGCCUUGCCUUAAGCAAUGCACCGCUGAGUGGUCCAUUGAGCACGGGGUUGAUGUCACUGGUGACCGAUGUCACCUUUCCGGACCUGGCUGCUCUCCAUCUAUUUUUGAAACACGAUGAAAAGCUGGGAAAUCUGUCCGAUUCGGCAUCAUGGAUCACAGAAAUGUUCUUCAAAGCACCCAACAUCACGCACCUGGUCGUUGGACUAAGCUGCAUUGGCGGACCGGAAAUCGUUCAUGAUCUUCUAGGAGAGGGUCUUCAGAUGGUGGUCUCAGUCAUAUGCAAGCAUGUAGCCUGGCAGAGCCUUCAUUCCAUCAAGAUCCUCCUCUGGGCCAGUGAAGCUAAUGAGACGGAUAAGGAGGUCGAUUGUGGAGCCUCACUGGCAGCCCUGCAGAGUGCAUGUCCCAGAGCAGAUACGGAAAUUCACUUUUCACCAGACAUCCCACCGCGUAUCAUUCUCGAAUGGUGA